AUGAUAAGCAUUUUAUAUUUUUUCCAUCUUGCAAAAUUUUUCGGUUUGACGCCGUUCAUGCUACAGGUUGAUGGAAAGAAUCAGAAACCAUCGUUGAGAUUUUUGGUCCGCAUUCCGACAUUUUUGAUGAUUUUCUUUUAUUCAAUUUGCAUCUGUAGUAUUUUUUGGAAAAAUAAAGCUGUCUCGGAGAUUUCAAAUACCGCAAAUUGGAUUCAAUUCAUACCAAAUUCAGCAAUUUUCUUCAUUGUUCUUGUUGCGGCUGAUCGGUCUCGUUACACAAUUCAGUCAGUUGGAGUUUUGAUUCAAGAAUUGGAUCAAAAGUUGCAAGCCUUGCAGAUUUCGUAUGGAGCGUCGCAUUAUCGGAUUAAAAGGCUUUCUAUUUUCGCUGUUUUCAUCAUAAUAUGCUGUGCAAGUAGCAUUUCAACCCUACACUACGUCAUGGGCGUUAAUCCAUCCGAAGUGGCAUCAACAUUUUAUUGGCUCUCAUUUGUAGUUGCUAAAAUCGGCUUGUUGACUUUCAACUUUAUGUUUGCGCUCUAUAUGACGGUGCUACUUGAACGCCUACGAAUCGUAGGCAAAACCAUCGAAUGGAUGAUUGAAUUGACUUCGAAUCCUUCAAAGCCACUGUCAUCGAGGGAAUCAAAUAAUAAUAUGAGACCUAUUCUUGCCAAUAUAAUAAUACCGUGCACAACUAAGGCUGAUAUUAUUGAGAAUAUUUACGAUAUUGUUGAAAUCGUACAGAAGAUUUGCCUGCAAAUGAAUUCGUAUUUUGGUAAAAAGGUGAUUUUUACGAUUCUAUCAGCCUUCAUUUGCCUUACCGUUCAACUCUUCUAUGUCAUUAAUAACAUUCGACAUUCCUUUCAAAAUGAGAAUUCUGUUUUGAGUACAGCUGCCAGUUGCAGCUUAAUAUUCACGCAUAUACUUGAAUUAUGGGUUAUUUUUAUCAGCGGUCAUCGUGUUAAAGAUAUGUGGAAUUCACUCAUUAAGCGGGUACAGAGUACAAAACGAAGAUUUGCAGUCGAUGAGGCUAUCCGUUGUAGAAUUGAUGAGCUUGUUUCUAUCAUGACAUUUACUAGAGUUGAAAUGAAAGCUGCUGGUUUAUUUAAUAUUGAUUUGAGUGUGAUUACCAGUAUUGCAUCAUCGAUAGCUACUUAUUUGAUCGUUUUGGUUCAAUUCAAAUUAUCAGAAGAUUCAACAAGGAACAAUCAUAGCGGAAAUGACAUUAAACUUUUCAAUCAACCUGAAACUCCUCAUAAACCAAUGAUGCUGAAUUAA